CUUUUUACUGAAAACAAUUCUUCAUGUAUCAAAUUCAAAAUGCAUUCAUGCUGACAAGAGAUAAAAAUAACUACAAAAUUGGUUGUUACUAUGACAACACAAGACCAUGUGGACAAGAAGAUUUAUAUUAUUUUUCUAAUACACCGGUAAAUUGAACAUCAGUAAGCCCAGCAAACCCUUGCAAUCAUAGUUCAUUUACAUGUUGUGCGCCUUACAUUCAGGGUCUAAGUGCAAUGUCUCUUCUUUCAAGUUUCGUAGAAAGCGAUCUAGGAGUGAUCAUUAUCGUCUACUUAUCUAUGUUUUUAGACAAUGUACUGUUGACCGUUGUUGUGCCAAUUAUUCCUGAACAUCUAUACAGUCAAUGGAACAGCAAUUUAUCUAGGGCAACUAACUUGAGUAAAUCCGAUCAAACGUCACUUUUAGCCAGUUCUUUGGUAAGAAUGAAACAAAGUCUGGACAAUGAAAAUGAAACGAUUGGAUUAUUAUUGUCUUCAAAAGCAAUUGUACAACUCUUCAUGAACCCUGUAGUUGGUGUUUUAACUUCAUAUAUUGGAUAUAAUUUGCCAAUAUUUUUUGGAUCUGUUUUGCUAAUUAUUGUAUCAGUGUUAUUUGCGUAUGGUGAAUCUUUUGCUUCUUUAUUAAUAGCCAGAAGUCUUCAAGGUACUGCUUCUGCACUUAUUAGUGUUUCUGGAAUGUGUUUAAUAGCAGAUCAACAACAUAUGUCAGAGUUAAGACGCAGUAAAGUCAUGGGUCUCAUAAUGGGAAGCGUUGCUUUAGGAGUAUUAAUCGGUUAUCCAUUUGGUGGAAUACUUUAUGACUUAGUUAACAGACCAAUGCCUUUUAUUAUCCUUAUAUGGGCUAUAACUUUUAAUUUAGGACUGCAAUUAUGCGUUUUGAAGUUUAAUCCUGUCAAACAGGUAAAAAGAUUCAAGGAAAAAUUACAAUUUCAACAACUACACGAGGAAAAUAAUUAUGAGAUAUCACAAUUUAAUGGUGGUAAUUGGAAAGAUCUACUAAAAGACGGAUAUAUAUUGUUAAUAACAGGCGCUAUUUGUAUAACAUCUUCAGCAAUGGCUACAUUAGAACCAUUUUUACCGAUUUGGUUGAUACAAAUCAUAAACCCACAAAAAUGGCAACUGGGAACCGUUUUCAUUCCCGAUAGUCUCGGUUAUUUAAUCGGCACAAAUUUUUUUGGAAGUUUGUCAUAUACAGUAGGAAGAUGGAGAAUGGCUGUUUUGGCUACACUUUUAGUUGGUAUAUCAGCAAUUUUAAUUCCAUCUACGACAACGAUGUUAGGACUAGUAUUCCCUCAUUUUGGACUAGGCUUGGGAAUUGGUGUUGUUGAUUCGGCUUUGGUACCAAUGUUAGCCCAUCUAGUAGAUUCCAGACAUCCAAGUGUACAUUAUGGAUCAGUAUACGCUUUGCAGCAAACAGCUGUUAGUUUAGCUUACUUCAUAGGUCCAGUUAUAGGAGGAAAGUUGAUGAAGACCAUAGGAUUCGCUUGGUUAAUGAGGACUAUUGGUAUUUCUAACGUAUGCUAUUGCUGUCUACUUUUAUUUUUAAAUAAAUUAUCAAACAAAGAAACCACCAAUAUUGUAACUAAUGGAAAAGGUGUAAUUGACUACAACUCUACAAGCAGUAUUCCAACAUUGAAAAUAAAAAUUAAUAGUUCUUAUAAAAAAUUAGAAAUUUCAGAAGAAGACUAAACAUUAAAUAAACUUAAAAAUGUUGUUAAAUUACUGUCAACCAUUAGCUGCAGGAAUAAAUUGUAAAAUUAUUAUAACUAAUCAUUUAAUUAAUAUGUAUUUAUUAUUCUAAUCAAACGUUGUGUAUUAAAAUAUUAAAAAAUAAAUAAAAU